UGACUGUCUGUGAGCAUAACACACCAAGGAGUAAGGAUGAUACACGAAGUCCAUUGAUCAUUCACUGACAUUUUACCAAGACGUCUUGACGGAUUGUACGCUGUACUGUCUUUCGCAUCACAUUAUACCAAGUACAGUACCACUACCAGUAGAACCGUUCAUCAACUCACAUCUCCCUGAGCGUACGGUCAAGAAUAACGACGACCAUUGUUAUUGUCACAAUGUCCAAGAAAGGUUUAUUAGAGCGGCUUGAAGAAGGACCAGUAGUUGGAGAUGGAAGUUUCGUUAUCACCCUAGAGAGGAGGGGCUAUGUCAUGGCCGGUAACUGGACACCCGAAGCUUGUAUAGAAUAUCCAGACGCAGUGAAGCAGCUUCAUCGUGAAUAUCUCCGAGCAGGUUCUGACGUCAUGCAAACGUUUACAUUCUAUGCCUCUGAGAACAGUAUGAGUGUAAAGGCCGACUCAAACCUAAAUAAUUGUAAUUGGAAGACACUCAACCAGGUAGCUAGUGACCUUGCCCGGGAGGUAGCUGACGAAGGUGGCGCCCUAGUAGCUGGUAGUUUGUCACCCAUAACAGCUUACAAGGAGGGAACUGAGGGCAAGGAAUUCAUCCAAAAUGAAUUUAAGAAACAAUGUGAUAUAUUCGUCGAAAAGAAAGUGGACUUUCUGCUUGGUGAGUUUUUUGGUGAGGUUGAAGAAGCUGAAUGGGCCAUUGAAGUGAUGGCUAAAACCGGAAUGCCAGUAGCAUGUACGACGAGGAUGGGUAUCAUGGGAGAUGAAAGUGGGGUCAAACCAGGCGAAGCAGCCGUCAGGAUGGCCAAGGCAGGUGCUAAUUUGGUUGGUGUAAACUGUUGCUACGAUCCUGAUACCACUUUGUUGACUAUCGAGAUGAUGAAAGAUGCUUUGAAUGAAGCUGGAAUGAAGAACACUUAUCUCAUGGUGCAACCUGUUGGGUAUCAUGCUCAAGAGAUUGCUAAUGAUCCUAAAGGAUACUUCGCACUUCCAGAAUUUCCUUUUGCCAUGGAGCCGCGUGCUCUUACCAGAAUAGACGUACACAAGUUUGCUCGUAGAGCCUAUGAGCUUGGUGUAAGAUACAUCGGAGGGUGUUGUGGGUUCGAACCCUACCACAUCAGAGCUAUAGCUGAAGAGCUGAGUCCAGAGCGUAAUCGCAGACCACCAGGUAAAGAUAAACACGAAGGAUAUGCUUCACUCAAACGAAGCGCUUUCCAAAGUCAAAGAGAAAGAGCGAACCCACAGUAUUGGAACAGCUUGAUUCCUGCCACUGGACGAACUAAUAUUCACAAGUUAGCUGAGGGCAAAUCCGUAUAGAUUUCAUGUCGCCAUGUCUCAAAGAAGAAAUGACUGCCAAAACAAUGCUUUCCUUUGCCUUAGAUUUAUAAAAAAACAUGAUAUUCUGUCAUUCUGUAUAUCCGAAAAAAAACCUUGAGAAAGUUUUUCUUCUCGUUAAUUUUGUUUUGUUUUAUGUAAGAAGGCGUAACAGAACGAACAAAUAGCAUUUCCUUCGAAUUAGGUGCAAGUUGUGUGAGUUGUGUAAGUCGAUAAUGAUAAGUGGAGUUAAAGGAGUGUUAAUUCAUUGUAUUUUUAACUGAUAAUUUGUGAUUUAGGUCUAUAUGAAUUUGCCAAUCUAUUAUAAUAUGAACAGAAAACUCGUACGAGGGACACUUACAAGAACCUAUUAAAUAUGAAUACAUUCUCGUACAUCUUGAUUCUCUGAUCAGUGGAUUCAAAGUCAUUCGGAUAUUGUUAUUAGUUUAAAUCUACAAUAUUAAGAGAUGAUUCGAAUUCUAGUCAGAUUGACUACGAGUUUCAGAAUAACAAAAAUAAAUAGCUGUUGUAUCGAAAUUGUGCUCGGUGUCACAAAAGUGUAGAUUAAUUGAUAUUUGGCAUAAUAACAACAAUAAUAAUAGGGUUCUUGUAAAGCGCGCACGAUGACUGGCAUUUUUGACUAUGGCGAUCCAUAAUGUAAAAUAAGGGAUUAACAACGAAAAUCUGUUACAUACAAUAAUUAAUUUUUGAACCCCAAACUUUAAUUUGCGAAUCCAUCACGAAGCAUGGAUUUGCUUUCUUAUUCUAUC